UCCAAACUAAGUGGAAAUGGCGACUGGAACAGACGACUCUGUGAAGUGUAAUUUGAUUUCAUGUGAUAAAGGUCCCAUCAAAAAGAAAGAUGGAAGAGUGGAUGUAAGAGCGUUUGCUGUUCCAAAGGAUAAAAGAUCAGGUUUCCAUGUUAAUUGGAAUGAUGAAGGAUUUGCAACGUUCCACGCAGAAUGUUGGUUCGCUUUACGGAGGAUGUAUAAAGACAAAGAAUCAACUCUUACGAAGGAGGAAAAAGAAAUGGUGAAAGAGGCUGCAAAGACAGCAGAAAUCCACGACUCAUGCGCAAAAGUUAAACAGGAAGCGGAACACAUAGCAAACCUGAUUAAAAACGCCAAACAUUGCAUAGCGUUUACAGGGGCUGGCAUUUCCACCGCGGCUGGCAUUGGGGAUUUCCGAGGAAUUCAUGGCAAGUGGACAGAAAGAGACAAAGUCAAACAACAUGGAGCCAAAGGAAAAUCUAAGAAACACACAAGAGACUUUCAAAAGCUCCGCCCAACUUACACCCAUGAGGCACUAGUAAAACUAGUAGAAAUGGGACUUUUAAAGCAUGUGAUCAGUCAAAAUGUUGAUGGACUGCAUCGACUGUCUGGACUAGAAGAAGGACAGAUAUCGGAACUACACGGCAAUACUUUUGUCGAGAAAUGUGAAAAAUGCAAUAAACGUUACGUAAGAAAUUCCAGAUGCGGGGGAAAAGCCACUAAUGUGCCUGUAAACAAAUGCAAACAUUGCCGGAUAAAUCAUCGGACUGGUCGUGUCUGUGAAGAUAAGAAAUGUAACGGAUACUUGAUGAACACCAUAAUAAACUUCGGGGAUUAUCUAGAAGGGGACGUUCUAAGCGGCGCUGAAGAACACGCUGAACGCUCUGAUCUUGUUCUGGCUCUAGGAACGACACUUCAGGUUUCUCCAGCCAACGACUUGGUGGAAAUGGGAGAAGAACCAACACGUUUAGUCAUCUGCAACAGACAAGCAACUGAUUAUGACAAAACUUGUUCGGAGCUGGAUGAUAAAGGAGUUCCAUUGGGAUCAAGGGUCUUUGGAGAUUGUGAUAAAUUAAUGCGUAAAGUUAUGCGAUGUGUUCUACCAAAAGAGGAAUUAGCGAAAUGGGAGCAAGACAGAAACGUUCGAAUGCUGACAUACGACACAAAACGAAAAUUGUAGACACGAAGAAAAAAGAUUAUUAGAUUUCUUUGAUAUAGAUGCAAUUCAGACAUGCAGAAAUUUCUAAUUUACAUCUUGUUAGCUUAUGUGUCGUACACUGUGCCACUAAAGGUCGCAUUUAAUAUCAUUUUUUUUUUAAAUGUCAUUGAGAUAUAUACAGUUUUGAAUAAAUAAAUAAUAUGUGUUUUACAUACUUUAACUAUGUAUUAUUUUAACAGUAAUGAACAUUUUUACCCACAAUCGAAAUACAUGUACCUUUUAUGUCAAGCAAUAAAUACAUGUAUAAAACAAA